AAAAGAAUCAUUUUUUUUACAAUGAGAACUAUUUCACAAUGGAGUCUAAAGAACUGAACUUUGCUCCAAUUGAGUGAAGAUGAUUAAAAUUAGAGAUUGUCUAGAUGAAAUGGUGAAGUUCACACUCGAUUACUGUGUAGAAUUCGAUAUAGGGCUUACCGGGGAGUUCUGCUCCGGCCUUCUGUGCGGCGAAUCAGUUCUUCACGACGGUGAACGAAUCGAAUCGUCUUCCUACGCUUUGCUACACCGGUUUUCAGGUGUUCCUGAUUAUCCCUUGUACAAGGUUCUAGCUUUAGGUCUGCUGAAAUCAAUUGAUUCUGGUUCUUUCUGUGGAACCUUUGAGAAAAUUUCGUUGGGGAAGGAAGUAAUCCGGUUGAAGGAGAAAGAAGAUGAGUGGAGCAAGCUGAUAAAUCAAAAGGGUUCUGAGUUAGUCAAUGCCUUGAAGGAUGUAUUUUCCGAGCUUCAAGUUCAAGAGCCCUUAUUCUCCCUCAUGAAAGAUGGCAUCAAAACAGUUGAAGCAAGGUGUUUUGAAGAAGAGUAUGAUAGAAUUCGGAGAGGAGGUUCAAUGGUUAUGAUAAAUAAAUGUCUAAUGUUUGAAGUUCUGGAACUUCACCAAUAUGCAUCCUUUUACGAGCUGUUGAAAGCCGAGAGUUCAGAGAAAGUGUUUCCUGGCACUAAAACAGUGGAAGAAGGUAUGCAAAUGUUUAGGAAGUUAUAUGAUACGGAUCAAGAGAAUUUCAAUGGUGUUGUGGCAAUCCAUCUUAGUAAAUCAGUUGCUCAGCCUUGUGUUGCUUUGGCUCACAUACUGUCUGGCUUGAGUUACACUGGCGUGCAAAACCUUCUCGGUCUAUCUCACACAACUGGAUCCAUUUUUCAUGCUCUGCCUCCUCCUAGAUCGAUGCUACUCUCUUCAUUCAUGCUUCCAUAUAAGCCAAAGGUACCACAAAAACUAAGAUAUAGUUCGAGAGACAUCGUAGUGAAUCUUUUGGGGAAUGGUUAAGCUGUGUUGUGUGAGAUCAAAUUUAGAAUCUUUCUUUUUUCCUAUUGUUGAGAUAAAAGGUUGUAGAUUGAGCCAUGGAGCUAGAGCAUUAGCCAAGCAUGUUGAUCGAAGUAGCGAUGGAUUUUGGGGUGUUCUUCAGGGAACUGAUUCAGAUAAAAAUGAGCGUGCAAUGGACAUAAUCAAUCGGUUCAUUGGCAAUUGUUGUUGGAUGAACAUACAUAUCGUUCCACCACAUGGUGAAGUGUUCGAGAUAAGAGUAGCUCAAGGCUAUGGAGCACGUUGGUCUCGAGAUGGAACCAAAUUCAUUGGAUUUCUUGAGCCUUACAUGGAGGAUGGUCACUCCAUGGCCUGGAAGCAUUAAGACCGCACCUGUAAACAUCUCUGUGUCUUUAGGACUUUGUGAACUUUCUCUUGUAGUUGAAUCGUUUUUUCUUUCAACAAGUGUAAAUUUGUAACGCUUCUUUUCUUGUGACAAAAAAAAUCAAAUUUUUUUUUUUUCUAAGAAGGAUUUUGUGGUUGAUCUUGUUAUGAUUAGGGUAUGAAAAGAAAAUAUGAGGACC